GUCUUGGUUUGGGUUGUUUAGGAUCACAUGGCAGGAGACGCUAAAAGCCUGACGCCCAGGCAGUGUGCCGUCAUGGAUGUGGCUCUGGAUACCAUCAAGCAAUACUUUCAUGCGGGCGGGAACGGCUUGAAGAAGACUUUCCUGGAGAAGAGCGCUGAGCUUUCGUCGCUCCGCCACGCUCUGUCGCUCUACACCCAGACCACCGACACGCUCAUCAAAACCUUCGUGACCACGCAGCAUUCACAGGUGCACAAUGGGAAGGGUAUUAGGUUAACCCCUAAUGAGAAAAUCCAGCCCAGCAGGGGUAGGUCUCCAUGAAAUCAUCAUCAGCCCAACUUCCCUUCAUCGUUUUCUCUCUUCUGUUUUGUGAAACCUGCGUUUCUGUCGCAUGACUCUAUAAAACGUGGUUUUCUUUGCCUGCAUUGGACCAAAUGUUGUUUG